UUAUUCCCUCCAACCACAGCCGGUGGCACCCGCAACACCAUGAUCUCGGCCAAGGAGAAGAAUAAAAGCCCCAAGGACAGCAUGACGCUCCUGCCCUGCUUCUACUUCGUGGAGCUGCCCAUUGUGGCAUCCUCCGUCGUGUCCCUGUACUUCCUGGAGCUGACCGACCUCUUCAAGCCAGCCAAGGUGGGCUUCCAGUGCUACGACCGCACGCUCUCCAUGCCCUACGUGGAGACCAACGAGGAGCUCAUUCCACUGCUCAUGCUGCUCAGCUUGGCUUUCGCUGCCCCUGCAGCCUCGAUCAUGGUGGGCGAGGGCAUGCUGUACUGUCUGCAGUCUCGGCUCUGGGGCCGCGGAGGUGGCCCAGGUGGGGCUGAGGGCAGCAUCAAUGCUGGCGGCUGCAACUUCAACUCCUUCCUACGGCGCACGGUGCGCUUUGUGGGAGUCCAUGUGUUUGGCCUGUGUGCCACGGCCUUAGUGACGGACGUCAUCCAGCUGGCCACGGGCUACCAUGCGCCCUUUUUCCUGACCGUCUGCAAGCCCAAUUACACACUGCUGGGCACCUCAUGCGAGGCCAACCCCUACAUCACACAGGAUAUCUGCUCUGGCCAGGACACCCAUGCCAUCCUGUCUGCAAGGAAGACCUUCCCAUCCCAGCACGCCACGCUGUCGGCCUUCGCUGCCGUCUACGUGUCCAUGUACUUCAACUCUGUCAUCUCCGACACGACCAAGCUGCUCAAGCCCAGCCUGGUGUUCGCCUUUGCCAUCGCAGCGGGUGUCUGCGGUCUCACCCAGAUCACACAGUAUCGAAGCCACCCCGUGGACGUGUAUGCGGGCUUCCUCAUCGGUGCUGGCAUCGCCGCCUACCUGGCCUGCCAUGCAGUUGGCAACUUCCAGGCCCCACCCACAGAGAAGCCCACAGCCCCAACACCUGCCAAAGAUGCACUUCGGGUGCUGACCCAGCGGGGCCACGACUCGGUGUACCAGCAGAACAAGUCUGUGAGCACUGAUGAGUUGGGCCCUCCAGGGCGGCUAGAGAGUGUGCCUGGGCCCGUGGCCCGUGAGAAGACCUCACUGGGCAGCCUGAAGCGGGCCAGCGUGGACGUGGACCUGCUGGCUCCACGCAGCCCCAUGGGCAAGGAGAACAUGGUGACUUUCAGCCACACACUGCCCCGUGUCAGCACGCCCUCACUUGAUGACCCUGCCCGCCGCCACAUGACCAUCCACGUGCCACUUGAUGCCUCGCGCUCUAAACAGCUCAUUAGCGAGUGGAAACAGAAGUCACUGGAAGGCCGUGGCCUGGGGCUGUCUGAUGAGGCCAGCCUGGGGCAUAUGCUGGUGCCUGCAGAGCCCAUGGCAGAGGAGGAAGAGGAGGAGGAGGAGGAGGAGGAGGAAGGGGGAGAGGAAGAGGGCCCAGCUCCACCCUCACUCUACCCCACAGUCCAGGCCAGGCCAGGCCUCGGGCCUCGGGUCAUUCUCCCACCGAGGGCCGGGCCACAGCCACUGGUACACAUCCCCGAGGAGGGGGCGCAGGCAGCAGCUGGCCUGUCACCUAAGGGCAGCGUGGCUGUGCGGGCCAAAUGGCUCAUGAUGGCCGAGAAGAGCGGGGCCCCUGUGGCCACAGCCUCGACCCAGCCCCGCAUGGCCAACCCGCCCCGACUGCUGCAGGUGAUUGCUAUGUCCAAGGCACCUGGUGGACCUGGCCCCAAGGCGGCCGAGACAGCCUUGUCCUCCAGCUCCAGCUCCGACUCCUCCCAGUACAGGUCGCCAUCAGACCGCGACUCAGCAAGCAUCGUCACCAUUGACGCACACGCGCCUCACCACCCCGUGGUCCACCUGUCUGCUGGUAAUGGGCCCUGGGAGUGGAAGGCUGCUGGCAGUGGGACCAAGGGGCCGGAGGGCGAGGGCACUUAUGAACUAGGAGACCUGGCUCAUGGCUUUCGCGGUGGGCCCAAGCCACUGGGUGUGUCUCCUGGCUCAUCUGUCAGUGAUGUAGACCAGGAGGAGCCAAGGUUUAGUGCUGUGGCCACAGUCAACCUGGCCACAGGGGAGGGGCUGCCCCCACUGGGCACAGCCGACAGUACUCUGGGGCCAGCCAGCCGGGAAUCAACGCUGAGGCGCAAAGUGGUUGGCCUGGCACUAGGUGAGCGGGAUCCUGCCUCUUGUGAGUCCGAGGCUGAAAGCUACUACCAUAAGAUGCAGGCAGCCCGCAGGUUCAAGGACUGAGCACCCCGGGGCUCAGCAG